AUGUCCACAUCAACAAAGCUACCUAUUCGUUCUUCAGCAACUCUUAUUGUGGCAGCGCCUAUUCCAAGCAAUGUUCAGAAACAAGGUGAAUGUAACUAUAGGAUACUUAUGAUGAAACGUAAUGGCAAAAGUAGUUUUGUACAUGCUCAUGUAUUUCCUGGUGGAGUGGUAGAUUCUUAUGAUAACCAAGACGACUGGAAAAUCAAUAUAUCAAACACUAUGUCUUCAAAUAUGUUGAUCCACAAGAUUUGUGCUAUUCGUGAAACUUUUGAAGAAUCAGGACUUUUAUUGACAACUCCACCAGCACAUACGAUUCCUGAACUAGAUACCGAAAUAUGGCGACAUAAAGUUCAUGAAGAUGCAUCUCAAUUCAAAUAUAUGUGUGAUCUUUACAAAUUACAACCUGCUGUGGAUCGAUUGAUUCCUUUUGCCAAUUGGAUCACUCCUCCGUUUGAAAAAAAGAGAUUCAAUACUCUUUUCUUUUUAACUGUCUUACCUCAAACCAUAAAUGAAGAACACAAAGAAACUAUCAAGGUAUCAUCAGAUGGUAAAGAAACCGUUCAAUUAGAUUGGUUCAAUCCAAAACAAGCUUUGAUGAAAUAUUAUGAAAAACAAAUUGUUCUUUUCCCACCUCAAUGGUAUGCUUUAUAUUGUUUUAAUGGUAUUCAACGACAUGAAGAAUUGAUUGACAAGGCUGGUAUUGGUAGCCUUCGAACAAUUUCUGGUGAUCCCAUUACAAUUCGACCACAAUUGAAUGUACUUGAUGACAAAACAAAACAAGAUGAACAUCGAUAUGAUUAUGAUGGCUACCUCGCUUAUCCAGGUGAUGAAAUGUAUUUGACAACUGGUCAUCAAGACAAUUUUAAGGAUCACAUACUUCUCUCUCCGGCACGAAAAGGUGAUCGUCAUAGAUUAUACUUCAAGGACAAGAUGCAACAAGUUGAUUUGGAACGUAAUAUAGAUAUAUCCCAGUUCGUUAGAUCUAAUUUAUAG